AUGCCUCCCACCCGAGACCCUUUCCAGCAGCCUAUGCUGAAAAACGAUGGUUCCCUCCCGGGGAAAGCCGGGGCUCCUAAGAUCCUGACGUAUAAAAACCCAGCUCACCUUGAUCAGCAGCGGGGACCCUGGAAUCGGCUCAACUCAGUUCCCACCAUCACCUCCAUUAGGCGGAAUACUUUUUUUUUUGACUCUGAGGUUAUCCCGAAGGAUAAUCUGGAUUUCCGCUUAGCUGCUUUGUACAACCACCACACGGGGGCGUUCAAGAACAUAAAUGAGGCCCUGAUCCACAGGGAGACCUCUAAGGACAUCCACGGGAUCACCAAAAUCCAACCCCCUGGAGAACACUCACCCCCUCCCCCACCGCCCAUCACUUCCCGAGCUGACAUCAGACAGUGGAUCAGCCCUAAGCGGGAGUCCAUCUACAGCAUCCAGGGCUCCAUAGUGUCCCCUCACUCUGCAGCCACCAACGGAGGCUAUUCCCGCAAGACAGAUGGUGGCUUCUUCUCCACCUGA